AGUGCUUCCAGGGAAGAUUAUAAAAAAUCCACGGAAAUGUCCAAUAUUAUUCCUCUCCGUGCGAUUCACUUUUUGUUGGGUUUUCCAGUGUUUUGAUUUUGUGAAAAAAUUCCUUUUGUGUGAAUCAAGAAAUCUUCCUGAAAACUUGUCUUUUUAGUUAAAUUCCACUUGAAAGAUGCCUCAGAACUUUCUUCCUUUAACCGAGGAACCACCCUUCAUUGGGGAUUGGGUGUGUGAGACAAAAUUGGGCAGUGGAGGAUUCGGAUUUGUGACUCUAUGGCGCAACAAAAAGACCAAAGAAGCAGUCGCUGUCAAGAAAUGCAGCCUCCUGACCACAAAUGACUCCAUUUCGGAGCGCCAGAAGGACCGAUGGGAGUAUGAGGUGAAACUGAUGACCACUAGCAUCAAGUGUGAUAAUAUUGUGAAGACGAUAGCGGUGUCGCAGGAGUUUCAGGAGGGACUUCUUAAGAAUAAUCCUUCAAAAUUGCCGGUACUGGUGAUGGAGUACUGUGAGGAGGGGGAUCUUAGGCGAGUUUUGACCAGGAAAAUUAACUGUAGUGGGUUACCGGAGGGUGAAGUGCGGGAGAUUCUGGCUGCACUGAGAAAAGCAAUAUCGUAUCUGCAUGAUCAGAAGAUAACACACAGGGACAUAAAGCCUGAGAAUAUUGUCCUCAAGAGGGAGAACAACAAGAUUAUUUACAAGUUGACGGACCUUGGAUAUGCCAAGAUGUUGGACAGACAAAGCCUUCAGGCCAGUCUCGUGGGGACUAUGGAAUAUCUGGCGCCAGAGUUGCUGCACAGCGAUAAAUACAGUUGCACGGUGGAUUACUGGUCCAUGGGAUUGAUUGCCUUUGAGAUUGUCUGCGGAUGUCGUCCCUUCUUACCAAAUGCCUCAAUGGCUCAGUGGAUGCUGAGAGUGAAGCAGAAGCGAUCAGAACAUCUCUGUAUUGUCGAGGAUCAGGAGGGAAAUGUCACCUAUCGGUCAGAAAUCUUUCCGGAAAAUCAAGUGAGCUCGUGCUUCAAGAAAAACCUCGAACAGUGGCUCCGGCUGGCUCUGGAAUGGAAUCCCAAGCAGAGAGGUUUUGUUUUUGAGAUUCCCGAAGCUUCAGGGAACGAGAGUGAGAAAUCGCAGAAAGGGAAAUCAGUUAAAUUUGCAGAAAAUCUUCCUGUGGAAGUCGACGAAGAAUCCCUGGUUGAAGUGAAACCUGGCCCAGUACAGGUCCUGAAGAUAUUUACGAUGCUCGAUGACAUCCUGGAGAAGAAGAUUCUAACCGUCUUCUCACUCUUCACGUACGAAUUCCUAAGCUAUGAGAUCAAUUCCCAGAACACUGUGGCAGAUUUGCGACUUUGGGUUUCUAACAGCACGAAAAUCCUUCCGGAAAGCCUCGAUUUUAUCCUUCCGAUCAGUCAGAGUCUCCAGAAUAUUCAGGAGGACACAAAACUAACCCAACUUUUCAUCAAGGAGGACUACAAGGACCCAAUGCUCUUUGUGAUGAAGAAGGGCAGUAUCCUGGAUAGCGAUGUCAAGCCCAAGAUUCCAGACUCCUUCAUUGGGGUCUUUGAAAUGCCCAAAACCAAGCUGAAGGUCCAAGUUCUUAAGCGCUUUGCCAGCAAUUCUUAUUACUUCGUGAGGAAUGAACAACUCCUCUACAGCACAACCAUCAACGGAAUCUAUAACUUUGCUCUCUGGCUCAAUGACCAGAUCACCAAGUUCAAGCCCAAUCUCAGUCAGAUGAUCGAGGGUGCUUUCGAACUCAAAGGACUCCUCAAGAUGCACGAGAACUCUCUCAGUCACACAAAAGAAAAAUUGCUGGAGAGAGAAAUGAUUUCAGUGUUGAGUGCUUCUUUCAUUUCCUGGCAAGAGUCCUAUGACAGGAUGCUCGGGAAUGCCAAUAAACUGAUUGAAGCUGCACGGAAAAUCUGGAUCAGGUACGAUUCCGUGCUCAAGAGGAGUAGGGAAGCGGUAAAGAAUAAAAUCUUCGAAGGAACCGAAGACAUUUUCAAUGCGAGUAUGUUGGACAAAUAUUACGACAAAAUUCGCUAUGAUAUCAUCGAGAAGAGGAUCACUGAGGAGUCUCACAAGGAUAUGCUCAGGAUUGUUUACAAGUGUCUCAAGGAUCGUGAUAAUAUUCUGCGCAAUCGGGACUUUAGCAAGUACCAGGAGUUUGUGCUGGGAAUUCAGCUGGAAAUGGAAGAGAUCCAAAAAGCUGUGGACAAGGCAGCUUCUCAAGCUUCCAUCUACCAGCGGGACGUGGUGAAGAUGAACUUUGAUCAUCAGGAGAACAUCUGGAAUUUGUUUGGGAAUGCGGAGAAUCGCAGAAUAAGUGACAAUAUUCCUGAUUUGGAGAGCAUGCUGCAGAGUCUUAAAGUGGAAAGUGGCGAGGGUAAGGGAUCAAGUGGAGGAUCUACUACUGAGGCAAAAAUGGGGGAUUCUAUUGUUGAUUCCCUGGGAAGCAUUUCAUCUUCGCAUUUGUGCUUCGGCGAGAAUCCGGAUACAAAAACUCUUUUGGAAGACAAUCAAUCACUGAUUUCUGCAUUGGAUCAUCUUCUGAAAGAUGGCUUGGGAGACCUUCUAACUGAUGCAACAGACGCCAAAUAAUUGCUACCCUGAGAUUGUGUCUAUUUUUAUUGCAAAUUGUCUAUUAAUCUAAGUACCUAAUAAUAAUUGGAUGAUGAUACCGAA